AUGGCAAACAACAAUGGUUCUUUACACAUAUUUUUCUUCCCUUUCCCGGCUCAUGGCCAUAUGAUGCCUUGCGUUGACAUGGCCAUACUGUUUGCUGCAAAGGGUGUGAGAACCACCAUAAUCACCACACCACUCAAUGCACCCAUCAUCUCCAAAGCUAUAGAAAAAACCAAAACUUAUCAAACAAAAGAGAUCAACGUCCAAACCAUCAAGUUUCCUAGCGCAGAGACUGGUUUACCUGAAGGAUGUGAACACGUCAACUCACUCCCUUCACUGGAUUUAUGGCUAGCCUUCCAUAAGGCUACUAGGUUGCUGCAAGAGCCCUUUGAGCAACUAUUGCUUCACCAGCAUCCAAAUUGUGUUGUGGCAGAUAUGUUCUUUCCUUGGGUAACUGAUUCUACUACCAAAUCUGGAAUUCCCAGGCUGGUGUUCCAUGGGAUGAGUUUCUUCUCAUUGUGUGCUUAUGAAGUAAUGAGGCUUUACGAGCCUUACAACAACACUUCCUUUGACUCAGAAUUAUUCGUUCUUCCCAAUUUUCCUGGUGAAAUCAAAAUGACAAGGUUGCAGGUGGGAAAUUUCUAUAGGAAAGAUGACGUUGAGGCUAAAAGAUUUUGGAAGCAAAUCCAUGAAUCAGAGGUGAGGAGCUACGGGGUGAUCGUUAACAGCUUUUAUGAACUCGAGAAGGAUUAUGCAGAUCAUUAUAGGAAGGAAUUUGGGAGAAAAGCAUGGCCUAUAGGCCCCUUGUCUCUUCGCAACAACGAUAAGGUGCCAAAAACAUGUAGAGGAAAAGAUGAGCAUGAAUGCUUGAAGUGGUUGGACACCAAAACAAAUGGUUCAGUUGUUUACGCGUGCUUUGGAAGUAUGACUAAGUUUCCCGAUUCUCAGCUUCGAGAGAUUGCUUUGGGACUUGAGGCGUCAGGGCAAGAAUUCAUGUGGGUGGUGGGGAAGAGAAAUGAAGGGAAAGAAGAAUGGCUACCCGAAGGAUUUGAAAAAAGAAUGGAAGGGAAGGGACUAAUUAUAAGAGGCUGGGCACCUCAAGUGUUGAUUCUUGAACAUGAAGCUGUUGGAGCAUUUGUGACUCACUGUGGAUGGAAUUCAACCUUGGAAGGAGUGGUAGCUGGGGUGCCAAUGAUCACUUGGCCUGUAAGCGCUGAACAAUUUUACAAUGAGAAGUUGGUGAGUGAGGUGCUUAAGAUUGGUGUGCCUGUGGGUGUAAGAAAAUGGGGUCACUUUGUGGGAGAUAAGGAUGUUGCCAUCAAGUCGGAUGCUUUAGAGAUGGCUGUGAAGAGGGUAUUGGCAGAGGAGAAAGCAGAGGGAAUGAGAAACCGAGCAAAACUGUUCGCGCACAUGGCGAGACGGGCGGUGGAAGAAGCAGGGUCUUCUGACUCAAAUUUCGAUGCCUUGGUUCAGGAGCUAGUCUCCCUUUCCCAUUAA